GUCAUCGCAUUUUCUUGUCAAAACCGUUGUAAUGUCGAACAAAAAGAAAACCGACGAGCAAUUGGCGGGAAGCAACGGGCUUCGCAAUUGCCUGUCUUCCUCGUGAAAAAUAAGGAGAGGCAGACGAACUAUGUAUGGUUGUCGUCUUCCUUCUGUGAAUGUAUUCGACACCCAAGAAUCUAUGGUCUCUCGUCGACCACCUUGCCGUCGCACUUAAAAGACAUUCCUUCACUCGGAAACAGCUCGAGCAGUUUCACGCCCAAAUCCUCGCCGGCGGUCUCCUCCGCUCUGCUCCUCUCCUGACCACGUUCCUCUCGUCAUGCUAUCGCUCGCAAGAACCUCACUACGCUUUGCUUUUCAUGCGCAAUCUGCCGAUAUGUAUUCCAUCUCUGUGGAACUCGACGGUUCGGUUGUCGCUGGACUCCGGUCUGUGGCCAGAUUUCGUGGGGUUAUACAAUGGGAUGCUCCGUAGUAGCGUCUUCCCCAGCAAGGUCACGCUUUCUUCGGUGCUGCGUUCCUGUGCAGCUCACGGUGCGGCCCAGUUGGGCGAAUCGUUCCAUUGCCAGAUCUUAAAGAUGGGUUUUGAACUUGAUGUGAUCUUGCAGACUGGGUUGCUCGACUUCUAUGGAAAGGUUGGGGAUUUGAGGUGCGCAAGAAAGAUGUUUGCGGAAAUGCUGCAGAAGGACGUGGUGGCUGAUAACGCUAUGGUUUCUGCGCUUAGCAAGCAUGGAUACGUGGAGGAGGCUCGUGAUUUGUUCGAUAAUAUGCCGCAGCGGAACUCGGCUUCUUGGAAUUCUAUGAUAACUUGCUAUUGCAAGUUGGGUGACAUUGGCGCUGCUCGUUCGAUGUUUGAUGCAAACCCAGUCAAAGAUGUGGUCUCUUGGAAUGCGAUGAUUGAUGGGUACAUAAAAGCGGACCAGCUACUGGCUGCUCAGGAGUUAUUUGUACGGAUGGGAACCGCCAGGAAUUCUGUUACUUGGAAUACUAUGAUAUCAGGUUAUGUUCAGUGUAAGGAAUUUGGGAAAGCAAUAGCCACAUUUCAAGAAAUGCGGGUCGAGAAUGUGAAACCAACCGAAGUCACCAUGAUUAGUUUGUUAUCUGCCUGUGCUCACCUUGGAGCACUGGACAUGGGUGAAUGGAUUCAUGAUUAUAUCAGGAGGAAGCGCUUAAUGAUCGAUGCUGUUUUAGGUAAUGCCCUUAUAGAUAUGUACAGCAAGUGUGGGAGCAUAGAGGCUGCUUUUGAUGUAUUCGACAGGCUUCCUGUGAAAAAUAUCUUCUGUUGGAACUCGAUCAUAGCAGGAUUGGGCACAAACGGUUACGGUGAAAAGGCAAUUGAUCUCCUUGCUCUGAUGCAGGAGGAGGGACUAAAGCCAGAUGGGGUCACCUUUGUUGGACUCCUUUGUGGGUGUAGUCAUUCUGGUUUGGUUUCUGCAGGCAGAAGCUAUUUUUCUGAGAUGUAUGACAUCUAUGGAGUUACACCAAAAAUUGAACACUAUGGCUGCAUGGUUGACCUAUUGGGUCGAGCAGGGUUGCUCAAAGAAGCUGUUGAACUUGUGAAAACCAUGCCAGUGAAGCCUAAUGCGCAGGUGUGGGGAAGUUUGCUUAGGGCUUGUCAAAUUCAUAAGGACGCUGAACUCAGUAAGGAUGUUGUUCAGAAUCUGCUGGAUUUGGAUCCACGUGACGGAGGAAAUUAUGUGUAUUUAUCUAAUUUGUAUGCAUCAUUAAGUCGCUGGGAUGAGGUUAACGUGUGCCGCAAGGUAAUGAUUGAUAGAGGGGUUCACAAAGUACCAGGAUGCAGUUCAAUAGAGCUGGAUGGUAUAGUGCAUGAGUUUGUGGCUGGAGACAGUAGACACCUGCAGAUCACGCAAAUCAACUUGUUUCUAGAUGAGAUUGCAAAGAAGUUAAAAGAGCAUGGCCAUGAGUCUAACAGAGCUCUCGUGCUCCAUGAUAUUGAGGAUGAAGAGAAGGAAACUGCAGUCAGCUAUCACAGUGAAAGAAUUGCCGUUGCUUUUGGGCUCAUGAGCACACCACCUGGGAAGACUAUCAGGGUGGUGAAGAACCUUCGCACGUGCAGUGAUUGCCAUUCUGCUCUUAAAAUUAUUUCAAAUGUAUACAAGAGAGAAAUUAUUGUGAGGGAUAGGAAAAGGUUUCACCACUUCAAGGAUGGAUGCUGUUCAUGUAGGGACUAUUGGUAAAUGAAAGCAUACUAUUGGAGGGCAUCAUUUGUUUUUGCCAUCAAUAGAUAACAAUUCCAAGUUUGUACCUGUGGGUAUUACUCACUUCCUUAGGCUGAUCCAAUGACAAUCACUUUGACAUUAUGAGGCUUCUUUAUCCUAA